UGGGUGAAAGUUCUCUCCCAGCGCACUGGGAUGCUGCCUGGAGGACGUGCUAUUGCUGUUCAGUGUUCACGCACACAAACAUGGCGGAACCCAUGGAGCUGCUCUGCUGGGGAGGUGACUGGGAUCUGCCAUCCGUGCACACAGACUCCCUCAUCGUGCUGGCAUAUGCAAAAUUUUCAGGUGCAAAGCUUGCAGUAAAUUCUAUUGACUGGACAUGGAGGACUAUAACAGCAUCUGUGCCUCAGCUACACUGUGAGGGAUCCACAGUCACAGAACCAGCACAGAUUCUAAACUUCCUACGAAAACAGAGAUUCAAUGCCGACUAUGAGUUGACGGCUAAGCAAGGUGCAGAUACAAUGGCUUAUAUCGCCCUCCUGGAGGAAAAGCUGCGUCCAGCACUGCUGCACACAUUCUGGGUGGACGCAGAGAACUAUGUUAACCUGACCCGACCCUGGUUUACGUCACAUUCCCCGUUCCCCCUCAACUUCUUUGUGCCGGGUCGACAGGCCAGCCUGGCUCUGUCCCGCAUCCUACUGACCAAAGCAGAGUCGCCAUUGCUGAACAUCACAGAAGUAGAGGGAAAGAUCUACAGUGAAGCCAAAGAGUGCCUGAAUUUGCUCUCCCACAGACUUGGGAACUUCCACUUCUUUUUUGGGGACACGCCUACAAGCCUGGACGCCUUUGUUUUUGGCCAUAUCGCCCCUCUUUUUAAAGCCCCUCUUCCCAGUGGGCAGCUUCAGAAGCACCUGAACCAACUUGAGAACCUCUGCCAGUUCUGCAACACCAUCCUUAAAAACUACUUCACCGACGCCUCUGCUGAGAAGAGAAUGGACUGCUCUCUGACGGCUACCCAUGAUCCUGUCGAUGCAAACCUCCAGAAACUGACACAACUUGUUAACAAAGAGUCCAACCUUAUUGAAAAGAUGGAUGACAAUCUUCGCAGCAGUCCGCAGCACAGACCGCACAGACAUGAGACCAAACCCUCGGCCCUGGCCAGCGAGAGGAACUCACCCCUUCUAGCGAAGCACUGACUUUUACAUAAUGUAUGCAUUUUUCCAAAUCAUAUUUAUUAUUUAACAAACUGAUGUGGUCAUAAUAAAUGAAUACUAGUUUUCCAUGAUGAAGUUGCUGAAAUGUUGGUUUGAGUGUUCGAUUUUAUAAACAACGUAAAGGGCUUGAUAAAUGGCAUUCUUCAUCUGUUGUUUUUAAGAAUCAUUGGCACAUAUGUAUAAAAGGGAAAUGCUUUGUAGUAGCCUAAUAAUAGCAACACUUAGCUGACAAUUGAUGACUUAAGAAGAUACAAGUUCUAUAAUUUAAAAGAGAAGUGUGUUCCAGUUGAGUUGCAUUGUCCUUGAUCUGUCUUGCUGGCGGUCAUUGGCUUUUCACACAUUAUUGCAUAUGGAACUUUGAAUGCACAAGCUGGCUUUCCAAAUGCAAAAGGUUUUGUGUGUACUUCAUGAGGAUUUAUUUAUGUUUUAAUUCCUGCCCAAAAACAAUUACAGGUAUAUUAUAAGAUUUAUGGUUUAUACCCUAGGAAUUCAGCCUUUAUUCCAUGGUUUCAUCAUAGAAUUUAUUAUAAUAAUCAAAUUAGGAGUUUAAAAUUCUACAUAUAGAAGGUUCAUAACAGUUUUUAUUUAAGUGCACAUGGUAGAUUAACUAUCAAUACUGCAUAUUGUGCAUUACAGCAUACAUCUUAUUUGAUUUGAGCUUUCCAUUGAUUUCACUUUCCACAUUCUUGUCUUUUGGUGCAAAGGGAUAUUGACAUCUGAUUUUGUGUACUGUGUAUACAUUUAUUAUUUUUCAUAUUCCUCUGGAGGUUUUAUACAUGAAAGGAAUGCCUUAAAAGUC